AUGAACAACAGAGAAGGAAAACCAGAGUCUGGAGUGAGCAGUCUAAACUCAGGAACUCCACUGGCCAUUCCAACACCGCAACCAAUAUCACCUCAACAUGGAAUCGGACCCCAGCAACAACAACAACAAUACGUGAAAAAUCAGUAUUACCAAGCCAAUCCCAACUACUAUCAACAACUACCACCUCCGGGAAUGCAACCUCAAGUUUUUCCCCAAGGAAACCCAGGUCCAGGUCCCGGGCCAGGUCCCAACCAAGGCAUCUUUCAAAAUCAAGGACCAGAAACUACAAGAGCUACUGCAACUUAUCCUCGUAAAAGAGCCUUGACGGCAUGUGAUACUUGUCGAUUAAAGAAAAUCAAGUGUGACAAUGUUCGUCCUCGAUGUGGAUCAUGUACUAAGAAUGGGAAUAUGAAUUGUCACUAUAGAACUGAUGACCAACAAAAGGAUUAUUCCAGCUAUGAUCCUGCUUCAUUAAACAUUCUAUCCAAGUUAGAUGUAAUGUUGAAGGAUAUUAAGGACAUAAAGUCGAACAUGGGAAUCGAAAAAUCUGACCAUGAAAAACGAUUUCAAUUUGACAAAUGCAUAUGGGAUAUGUCUUUAACGUCAAUUUUCAAAUGGAGCUCAUUUAUGAAAACAUUGAAAAACACACCCAGUGAAGCUGAACAUAUCCAGAAAACCUUGAUUAACCACUAUGAUGACAAUUCAUUCACCAGCUUGGGACGCACCGACUCAUUAAUAGAAAGGGUUCAGAACACUAGACUAUUGGAUAAGUUUUUGUACAACAAUUUUUCCACCAUUAUCAACUCAUUCUUUGUGAAUUGUUAUUCAAAAAUUCCUGUUUUGGACACGUUCGAGUUCUUUGAUACACUUGAAAAGUAUCAGCUCAUAAGUGCAGAAAUGCCAGAAUUUUCAUUUGUAACACUUAUAGAACUUUGUGAUAUUACUGAUGAGACGGUAUUGCCGGCCAAAGUGGAAGAAAUCUACAAGAAGCAAAAUAUUGAGAUUAACGACGACAGCAUUGAACUGUUUUACAAAUUAAUCCACUCAAUUCCACUUAUUAUUUUAAUAUGUGCCAUUGGUGUUAUAAGCACCCCCAUCCAACUUGAGAACCUAAGCCUGUUUUCCGAUUCCCUCGAGGAAGCUAGAUCCAUAGACCUUGGUUGCCUUGGCGGUCCUGAUGUAUUCAAGGACUUGCCUGAGAGCUUUCCUCGAGAUAGAGUACGCAUUGCCGUCAAAUUAUUGAACUAUUCGCAGUUGUUAAUUAUUGGAUUUCCCUUUUUACUCGAGAGUAAUACUUUAACGUCCGUAGAGUUUUACUUGUUGCUCAAUCAAUUCUAUCUUUACGGAAUGUCACCCUUAUUGGCACACAGAACAAUCAACACUGCCAACCAGCACAUGAUGUAUUUGCUUAGAAAAACCAACUUGAACGAAGUCAGUGCUAGACAGAGAGAAACAAUCGGCCGGUUGUUCUGGAGUGGGCUCAAGUUAGAAUGCGAGUUGAAUGUAGAAUUAUCACCGUUUGUACCAUUAUCAGGAAUAACUCAAAUGGAACCACCAAUCUCAUUCCCUAGAAUACCUGAUCAGGCUUCGAUUAUAUCCAAAUCGAAAUAUAGUGAUUCCGUGAUUAAAUUAGCCCAGAAGUACGAUGAUGAGUAUACUUGGUAUUACUUUCUUACUGAAGUUGCCGUAAGGAAAGUCGAUAAUAAAAUGUGUGAUGAGAUUUACUCAUUUGAGAAUAGCUUGAAACAUUCAUGGGAUCUGGAGGAUUUUUCCGAGAAUUCUGUGUGGCAUCUUUUCAUAAAGUAUUUGAAUCAGUACAAUGGGAUUAUCAAUUCGUUGUCACCGGAAAUCAGAAGUCUUGUGCUUCAAGAAAGCAACGUUGACCAAAUCUAUCGCCGGAUUAAGAAAAAGUAUGACAAGAAGAAUGAUAUAAAGAUGGAGCCUUUCGCUAGUGUUGCUGGAGACAUCUUUGACAACUUGGACGAUUUCUUGAUUGAUGAUGACUUGCUUUAUCGAGUUCAAUCCGAAUCCAUCAUGUAUAUCAAAACCAGGGUGAUUACAUCGAAAUUGUUAUUGUUUAGACCGUUGAUUUAUUUGCUACUUGAAGGCAAGAUCCCGUUUGUUGAUUUGUUAGAGGCUACCAUGGCGGUAGCAGAAGCCAAUAUGCGUGAAGCUUCAGUAUUGAGCAAUUUCACAUCGACUGAAUCUCCUGACUCAACUAUAUCAUCACAAGACAUGAGAGCCGAAUACGAUAUUGGAAUCGACUAUCUUAACAUCAUCAAAGCUCCCCAAUUCUACCAGAAACAAUUCCCGGAAGAAGACUUUUCCAAUUUGAUUGAAUACUCCCCCAAGAAUGACGAAGAUGAUGAUGCUGUGUUUACCAUUAAAGAUAUGCACCAAGCCAAAGCCAAGAUCCUUCGUAUUUUCAUCCAGAAUCUUAUCUCGUUGCCCAAGUUAAGUAUCCCUAAGUUGGGAGCACAUAGACACCCGGGCCUGUGGUACUACUUGCGUAACUCGUUCAUUGGUAAUGUAUUCCAGUUCUUGAUGUAUAAGAAGAUCCAUGGGAUGAUUGAAACUGCUGCUGGCGAUGACCAAUUCAAAGCUUACCUUGCCCAGAAGCAACAGAAUCUGAAGGACAGUCCUGGAGGUUCCGAGGUUAAAUCGUUGGAGGAAAUAAAUGCCUUGGUUAAUAUUGUUUUGAGUAAGCAAGGGAUCUUGGCUGCAUUUGAGCAUUCGAAUAUUCUCUUUGAGUAUUGGAAGGACGAGGUUAAAGACUGUGAGAUUUAUCAAGCAUACAUAAGAAGGAUUUUGGAACUUAUGUGAAUGGUGGAAGGUAUUAGUUAGAAUGUAGAUUAAUAUGUUCUCUUUGUUUUAUUCACAUUGUAUUAUUAUUUUAGGGUUGAAUGUGCUUGUAUUAUGAAAUAAGAAUUUAUUAUAUUGGUGCCCGGCUCGUGAUUGGCUGAUUGCGAAUUGAGGCUUGAAUAACAGUUAGAUUAUAGAGUAUACAAACUACAACGGAUCAUACAUACACCAAAGA